CUUCUUCCUUGUGCUUAAGGCAGUAAUCCCGCGAGGGUGCUGUUUAAAGGGUAAGUGCUUCUCCUUAUAUGAUUGGGUGUGUUUGCUAUACUGUGUAUCGAUAUGAAAUUAAGUACAAUUCUACGGUCAGUUCUAGUGAACAGUUUAGUAGAAGCGAGUUGAUUAACGGACCUUUUUCAGGCUUAAUGUAUAUGAAGGGGUCGUUGGUGUAGAGACUUGCAGCUUUUCGUGGAAGUUUAAUUUGUUUACAUUCAGCAAAGUUUACUGAAAGAUGCAGUAUCUGUCUUUGCAUGUACUGCAGCUUUCUAUUCUUUGCAUAAACUUUUGAAUUUGUUCUGACUAGUAAUCAAGUCACGAAACUGAGUUCCGUGUUUGUGCGUAAUUCUCUUAGCUUAGAAUUGAUAAGUAAAAAUCCAAGAAAAGCAUAUUCUCGGUUUUCACAUAACGUCACCAAAAUUCAAACUUAGAGAAUUAUUGAUUCUCCUGAUUUUCUACUUUCAUAAGGUAUUACAGCAGCUCAACACCUUUUUUGAUUCUAAUUUUUGGUUCGAAAGGGUUCUUCGUUUUGCGACACAGGACGCUUGAAUUUCCAUGCUUUUGCGUGACGCGGCAUUUAGCUGGCAGCCGGGAAAGCUCUUAUGUAGGUUAAAAAUGUUAGCGAUUUUUGGCGUUUUUGGUAUCUAAACAUUCCUUGUUUCGUUUGAUAUAAUCACUUUGAGAUCCUCAAGCAAUAAAUUCACGCAUUUGUAGGAAAGCCCAAAGACAGAUGUUUCCGCUAAUUUCCGGGGCGAUGUUUGUGCUCCUCAAAGGGACAUACAAACCUCAUAAAUUUGGGUAAAACGUUUUUCCUAAUAUCUCACAUAUGAAAUAUCGCACAAUCAGACUUGAUGUUUGGCGAGGCCUUUUUUACACUCAUCUUCUUUCAUUUUCCAGAUUCUGAUUUGCAUUUCAUUUUUAAUGGCGUGACGGUGAAAAGUCUGAAAAAGAGGUUAUUUUAAGAUAGUAUUAGUGCUUGAAAAUCGCAAACUUAUGACUCAGUGAACUCGGCCAAAAUAACUCGUUUCCCAGAGAUCAAAGACUGCCCUUCCUGUUAACGAAACUGAAGAUGAAACGCUGAAUACCUAAUUCUAUUUUAUACCGUACUUACUGUAAGGCUAUGAUCACGCUAUACCGGAUACCGGAUAGCUUUUGGGCCGACACGGAAGUCAUUCCGGAUAUGGUUUCUGUUCACACAUAAGAACGGUAAUUUCGGCGCUAUUUCUGUAACGGUAACAGUCCACUGGACUGGGAUUUAGUUCGGCCAAACGCUCCGGCACGAUGUUCGAUGUGUGUGAACACAUUCUUCCAGUUCUGUGCCGUUGCCGUUCAUACAGUUUUGAUUAGGAGUAUAUAAGAAUAUGAUGACCUGAAUCAAUACCGGUGUGAAUGACGCGACAGCUUAAAUGAUACUUGACCUUUUCUUUCUUUGGCUUUUUCUCCUUGCCAAAAUCCAAGAAGAACAUUUACUUUGAUCGACUGUUCGUGUUCCUCGAUACAAACCUGUUGUUAUUACUUUCAUUAUUAUCAAAAGGAAAUUUUAAAACUGUUCAAUUACGAAAAUGGGACCCUCCGUAUAUUCGCCUGCAGCCGAGGUCUGGAAUAUUAGCUCCUCAAAUUCGAAAGGCAGAAAAAGCUCCUUGUCAUGCUUUGUAACAAGCCCCUACCCUUCUCGGCCCAGUAAGAAUGCUCCGUUGGCUAAGAAACUCUUGAGGUCGACUUGUUUGUAGCAAUAUGUAGCAUGUCUUUAAAAAAGCUUUCAGAAAAUGUUGUUAAAUCGGGCAGCGGGCACGCGUUGAUGUUCAAAGGUCGUCUCACGUGAAUUCACAUGUAACAUAAUUCUUGACUAUUAACGUGACAAGCUGCACAGCUUUCGAUUUUAACAGCUUUUCAAAAUAACAUUGAAUUUUUUCUUCACAUUAGAAUAGGUUCAUUAGUUAGUUUUUCCAAGGAAAUUGUUACUUUUGUUCUGACAGGCGUAAAGUACGGUCGGCGACGCAAAACAACAGCUUUGUAUUUCAAAAAAUCGCUGAAUAAACACGGGAGUCACUCUUUUACGUUAACUAAAUAUUUUUACCUGUUUUUUACUGCUGUGUCUGCGAGGCUAAAACAUAACCUAAGAUUGUUAUUCCAAUGAAAUACGAUGUACAAAAAAGAAAAGAGACGACUAUUAUUGUGAUUGUUUUAGAAUCGGGUAUAAAUCUAUAAUAAAGUCUCGCAUUGUCUUUCGUGUCGUGACAAGUCAUUUUUAAAUGAUACGUAUCACGUACUAAAAAUAAAAUUACGCAAACGGUAAAUUUAGCGGUCAAAGUAGAGCUAGUUGGCUACCGAAUUCACAAAAAGCUUAUUUGUCCUGAACAUUUCACCGAUAAUAUAGGAAGAAAAUACUUCCGUUCUGCGCUUAAACGACGACUUUCCAACAAGAUGAUGAUCUAGUUUUGGGGCGGCCGUGGUUUCGUCUAAAUCAUAGCAGUUUUCCCGGAAAGCUCCACGGCCCACGGGAUCUUAGUCAAUCUUAAGCGAAUUUUCUUUUCAACCUAAACAGAAAUGAUUAGUAAAAAGAAUAGUGCCCUUAUUCUUGACCCAAAAAUUUUUGUCAAAAAUACAUAAACAGACCAGAAUCUUACUUUCCAUCUCAUAUGGCGUGAAAACUUACUUUCAUAUGACAACGGGGCUUCUUUUUUCGGACGCUCAGAAGGUCAAAGGAUGUGAUUUUUCAUGAAAAAAAAUAUUCACAAAAUUCUGCUUGACUUGUUCAGAAAAUAAUUUGUUUAACUUUUAAUAAUUAACUCACAGCUCACUGAUUUAUUAAUUUGGGCUAACAACUUGGAGGCCCGGGCACGCCAGCUAAAAUGUUUGGGAGACCGAAAAGCUCCCCGAAAAUUUUAUUCGGGCGGCCAUCUAGACCUUUUAGGUUAAAUUGCUUGGGAGCCCAAAGGGUUCCCUGAAAUUUUCCCUAGAGCGCAGCCUUGCAGCCCUUUAGUUAUUGGAAGUAUGAUACAUUACACGCUAUUGUUGAAUGUGGGAGUGCAUUCUUUGGGGAAAUUACUAAAGGGAAUGCAAAUUUAAGUGAACUACCCUAUACUCUUAAUAUAUAUGGUGGUAAUAUUGAUGUAACUUUUGUUUUACGUAGCAAAGGAACCCUUGUGUGUAACUCAUCUUCUAUAGUGUAUUAGUCCUUAACAGAACAUCUCCGUCUCUCCUGCACACAUUUGCUGUUGAUACACUACUCAACUUUCCAUUGCCAUUCAACAUACCGGUAAUUCUUUCUUACACCAACACAUCCCGCGUAAACGCCUUCGGGCGUCUUCUUGUUACUUGUAUGACAACGUGGAUGAAUCAUGAAGCUACUGCAUGACUCGACCCAUUAAAACAAACUAAGAGGACACUUUGGUGCUUUGCCAGGCUUACCAAUAACUCAGUCUCGGGUUGUUUUCGACGUUUCAGUGGAAAAUUCCUGAAACAAACCGAACGUCUGAAAAAGCAUUGGGCUAAUUUCCUUGUUGGAAAAUUCCAGGCGGAAAUUCGGAUUUCAUGUCUUCAAACCUUUUUUGAAUAUCAGUUUCAGGCUUUCGCAGCCGUUUCUCCUUAACCGAAACUGGCUUAGGCAAAUGGUAAACGCGAUUACCGAACGGAAUUAAAAUUCAUCAGUCCUGAAUUCUGUUCACCAUUUGCCCAAACGGUGAAGCGACCGUUUACCCAUAUGUAAAAAGUAGAAAAUCCUUGUGUCCAAAAGCCUGCGAUACAGCUUCCUCUAUCUGCCGCUAGGGACAUUUCUUCAAAGAGCAGUGAGGAGCGGGUGUUUCGAAGACUAUGCGAAAUAUAUCUUAAGUACUUUGAGGGGCCUUGUUAAGUGCAUAGUAGAUCGUAGCAAUGGCAGAUCGUUGCAAUAUCUCUAAUUACUUUUUAAGAGACACCAACAGCAAACUCGCUAUUCUUCUACCCCAGACAAAUGUUAAGAAAAAUAGUUUUUCUAGCGAGGUCCUUUGGAAUAGCCUACCUACAUAUUGACCAGCGGCAGGCGAAGUCUCUUUUGGUUUUGAGGGCUGGCUGCUAACAAUUCUUGCGGAGAUCUACACGGUACUUACGUAAAGUAGACUAACGCUCCCAGUCUAAUUCGGUUUUGUGACAAAGACAAAGGUAAGGUUUUGGAGGCCUUGAUUCUUAAACAGGUUAUACAAUUCCAAGUGUCUUGAACAUGGCAUUUUUGUAGACGAAAGGCCUUGAACAAGGGGCAGACGUCGGCGAUGCGCCGUCUACCAUUAUUACCAAUAACCUACUUAUUCACCAUAAGUGAAUCUUGUUUUCUUUUUUCAUUUUUUUUUUCUAUACCCUUUAUUUCUUAAUUCUUUAAGAAAAGUAAAAAUGGACUAGUAAUCAAGGGUCAUCAAAAAAAGUCCUUUGUCUCAUAAAACAAGGUAAUGAAAUGACUCAUUUUUGUCUUAAAUAGAGUCAGGGUUUGAAGGCUUCAGCGGCAUAACCACUACCCAAACUUUCAGCAAAUGCCUUCCAAAGGGCUUAUCCGUAGUAUAUAUAGCAUGAGGAAAGACGUUUUAGAGGGUACCAUGGGCGUCUAAGUUUCAUGGACUAAACGCUAUGGAGGAUAAGAAAAAUCCUCAAGUCUGUCGUUCCUUUUUAGGUGUUCCCAUUCGUUCGUUACAAGAUUCUUCUUAGGUUUAGUAUUAUACUCUAUUUUGUUUCCUCAUUUUUAUUGUUAUUUAUUUUUCUUUUGUGAAAAAGACGAUGUUCUCUUUCCAAACGCUGUUGAAAGGAACGUUCAGUCCUUAAACCUGUCAUCUGCAGUUCAGUAUUACAGCAAGAGUUUCCAUGACACUAAAACGGCAAUAAGUGCAAAGACUUUCAGACCAUAAAACAGCCCGUACUUUUUGUGUAAGCCAAGAACGCUGAAUAGUCGAACGAAUGGUCUGAAGCAAAAGGAAUGGUCAUUCCCUCUUGUCUGGAGCAUAGAAGGGUUGGCGGGGGAGGGGGGAGAGUGAGUGAGACUGGGGAGAGAAGCGAAAAAUACGUCUAAAAAAAUACGAUAGAAACUGACAAAGAAAAAAUAAAAGAAAGAAAACAAGAAAGAAAAGAUAAGACAGUUACGCCGUCUAAUUAAAAGCAGUUGAAAAGUUAGUACUACCAAAUCCGUUCCUGCGGAUCAAUAACAAAGCGCCAAAAGUGCUGGACGCUCAAGUUGAAUAUAUACCAUAAAAAGUUGAAAAUGAAGGAAUGCUCGUAUUUAACCUGUAACAGGCCUUCAGAUAGUUGGAAAAAAGCAAAGAAAAAGUGAGCUGGAAAAAAUGGCGAAGGGGCGGGGUUAGGGAGACAGGGCAAAAGAUCCUUCUACUCUCUCACUCUUACUCUCUUCAACGUUUGUUUUCCUCCUCCCUCAUUUCGCGCCACUGUCCACUACGCUUGGAACAGGCUAGUUCAUAGUGGGCCAGAGAGUUUUUUCCGCUGCAAGUGAUCUAUGGAUGUCCAUUUAGGAGCAUUUGACGUUUUAAAAGCUCAUACUCAAGCUGCAACUAUUCCUGCUUUAGCAUGUGUAAAACGCCACUUUUUUUCUGUUUUCCGUUUCGCUGUAGAGGAAAGUUUUUGGCGGUUUGUUUUUGAUGAUGGUGUUUCAUCGUCGAUCGAAACGAGUUAAAAUAUUAUCUGAAACGUUCGUUAGAAAGUACCUUUAUAAUCGUGAUAGUAAUACAUCGAAACGUACAUGUAUACUUAUAUAUAAUUACUUGAAGGAGAAAACUCGCAAGAAAAAAGAAAGUGUUCUAAUUAGUUAAUAUUGAUUCUCCCCGUCUUAAAUUUAACGUAUUUUUGCCUUUUGACGGAUGCUUAAAUUAAUAAAACGCACCACGGUACUUGUUUAAAGUCUGUUUUCGCAGGGCUAGGUCGUCGACGUCUUGCCGACGUCGAUGAAAAAAGCCGACUUUUGGGCAAUUCUGCACUAGAUAUUGUAUCCAAACAAAACGACUCUUCUAAAUAAGAUAAGGUUAUUGAAAGAUGUAAUAUAGAUUGCAUGCUGGAAUUUAGCAGUGAUCAACGUUGAAUAGAAUGUUUAAAGCGUAUUUGUCGUUAACACCGCUGGCGUGACGGGCCGUGUAACGCAUUUUUAACCACUGCAAUGUCGCGAUUUAUCCCAAAAUUAGGGUUGAACUCGAGGUCUUGCGGGCCUCUUAAAAUCGUUUGCCCAGAGAUUUGUUUCAAUUUUCUGAUAGAUUGGGGCCUAGUCAAGCCGUAGAGAGUCAAUUUGCGAAAUAGCGCAUUGUAAAAAUUUGUAUUAUUUUAUCCCUAUAAUUUUGAACGGUAAGAAUUGUCAAUAGGGCCUAUUUUUAACAAUACAUUUUUGACCACAAAAUUUUUACAGCUUUCACAAAUUUAUCGUCUUAUAAGAAAGAAAGGAUCAUAAAAACUAUUCGUGUUUUUCAAAGCCUGCCAAAUCGUUGUGGUUUGACGUACAAGUCAAUGAAAUUUGUGUAAAAUUUCGCUUUACCGCACCGUAAUUUUUAGGGAGUUAUUAUAACUCCAAAAAUGGAGUAAAAAUUUUAGGUACAGGAUAACCCCUUUUUUGGGGUUAUUUUAACUCCUAAUUUAACUCCGAAUUUGGGGUCAUUUUUACUCCUGAAAAAGAGUUCUUUUUGCUCCCAGUCUUGGAGUUAAAAUUACUCCGAAAUGGGGUUACUUGUACUCCUUACAGGGGUUGUUUUUACUCUUUUUGGAGUUAAUUUAACUCUGAAAGUGGAGUAAAAAUUUUAGGUACAGGAUAACUCCUUUUUUGGGGUUAUUUUAACUCCUCAAUAUCUGGGGUCACUUUUACUCCUGAAAAAGAGUUCUUUAAACUCCUUUUUGGAGUUAAAAUAACUCCACGAAAAAUAACUCCACUGUAAGGAGUUAAAUUAGCCCCACUAGAGGAGUUAUUAUAACUCCCUGAAAAUUACAGUGCGGAAGUGGAUGACGGGCAAAAUGAGUUUUCUUGAAUUUUAACAAAAAAACACGUUAUUUGGGAAGACUAACUACAGCAUGUUUCAUUACUCACUAAGGGUUAUCGAUGAGCCAAAAAUGAGUGAAAUCAAAUUUUGAACUUGUGCCAACCGUUGUUCGAUAUUUACGGAAAGUCGCCCUUUAAUGAUGACGAUAAAUUCACGAAAAUUUUCCGCUUCUCUUUAUUCCUUCCCCACUAUUUGAACGUUUAAAACAGGCUAGAACAACUAGAAACAAUAAGGAAUUUGUCUAUCAUGUACGUUCAUAGCAAUAGGACAUUGUACACAUUCUUUGUUACUGUCACUUACAGCUUAGUUCCACCAGUUUAGUUCAGUUCAGUUUACGCACGUAAACAUACAAAAAUAGAAUGGUAAGGCUGUUUACAAAGUCCUGCUUACUGAGAUGGAUCAGUGUAACCAACAGAAAUGUACAAGUCGUACAUUCAAGUUUGAAGGAAUGUGAUGGCUGUAUGGCCCUUGCACACACUGUCAUCGUAUCUGAUACAAAUCAAAAAGUGUGAAUCAAUUAAGUUAACUAACAGUUUAAAAGUGAAAAUUAAUGAGAUAAUUGUAUGGCCCUUGCUCACACAGUCAUCAUAAAUUGCUCUUAUUCACUAAGCACUGGACACUAGACGGGAAUGAAAUGGCCUACAUAAGCAAAUGAGUCUUAAGUAACGUUACCCUAAGUCUUGGUUACGGAUUAGAAUUGGAUUGAUGUAAUCAACAGAAAUGGACUACCGUAGCUAGAAUAAAGGAAAUGGCUGCUUAGCCUUUGCUCACACAGUCGACUUAUAAUAUAGGCCUCAUUAAUGCAAUCUAUGUACAAGAAAAAGCGUAUUCAAGAUUUCUUUAUUUAGGCGCACAAACCCAGAAUAAAAACGCGCUUAACAAACAUGUUUGACGAACGCCUAUCGUACGCACGCAUGACGGAUGCUUUGAUUUAUGAUCCGUGUUUACUACUGAUGGGAGUUAAUCUUUAAUUUUUAGGUGUUCUCAUUGAUCAGCAUCUCUCUUGGAAACCACAUAUUGAUUUCUUCUCAAAAAAAAUCUCGAAAAGUGUGGGAAUUAUUGCGAAAGCCCGCUUUUACCUAUGAUCCCAAACUUAGGUGACCUUGUAUUACUCCCUUGUAUAUCCUUUAUUAACAUACUGUAAUGUCGCCUGGUCCUCCACGUACUGUUCCAACCUAAACUGUAUUUACCUUUUGCAAAAGCGUCUAGUGCGGAUCAUAACAAAAGCUCAGUAUCUAGCAAAUAAGCCCCUUUAUUUAGCCAGCUUAAAGUCCUUGACAUAUUUAGUGUUAAUUCAUUUUCUGUCGCUACUUUUAUGUAUUCUUAUCACCAUAAUCUUUUGCCUAGUAGCUUUCGUGACUUGUUCUUAAGUAGUAAUCAAGUCCAUCAAUACGAAACUCGACUAGCCUCUGAGUAUAGACCUCAUUUUUGUAGAACAAAUAUAAAGCAAUUCAGUAUCCUUUACCGAGGACCUAAAAUCUGGAAUUCGUUGCCUGUUUCACUAAUUAGCUCUCCUUCUAUAUCUGUUUUUUAAAAAAAUUAAAGAAUUAUCUCACUGACAGCCGAUCUGUCGUUUAAUUUUCUGAUUUUGCUCACUCUGCACUCAGCCAUGAAUUUAGUUCAGUAGGUAGUUGAAGGAAGCCUAUUAAUAUAAGCUUCAAGCUUCGUUAGGCUUCCUUGUCACAUUAAUUUUAUAAUUUAAUUAACAACUUUUGUUCAUGUUGUAUAAGGUUUUGUGAUUGACUAAAUAAAUAAAUAAAUAAAUAAAUAAUAAAAUAAAUAAAUAAAUCUUUUUGCAAGAAAAAGCGCUUUUAAGAUUUCUCUAUUUGGACGCACCAACUCAAAAUAGCAGCAUAAAAACGCGCUUAUGAUCCGUGUUUAUUACUGAUGGAAGUUAAUAUUUUUCCAACUGAAAAAAAGCGCAUUUAGUCGCAUCAAAAUAGUAUAAAACACGCUUAACGAACGUGUUUAACGAACGCCUAUGACACGCACGCAAAGAUCUGCUUUGAUCACUGAUACGUGUUUACUACAGAUGGAGACUGGUAUUCUUUUAUUCCAAUAAUUAAAGAAAAGGGGCGUUCGUCUUAUCUUAUCUUAUUAAGCGCACAAGUAAACAUUGUAGUUUACAAACACGAUUAACGAUCCAGCGCGUUAACGAACACCAAAAGGAUGCUUUGAUUUAUGAUACGUGGUUAGUACUGAUGUGAACUAAUCUUUUUUUAUACAAAUAUUAUACAAAUUUUAUUUUAUGCAAAUUAAAGAGAAAGGGCGUUCGUGAUCAAGUUUUCUCUAUUUUCUUAAGCGUAAAAACACGUACACUUUACGGUUGAGCAUACUUAAAACUAUUUCGUAACCUCGCUUAUUGAGAAGUUCAUGACUAGAUAGCUAGUAUUUUAUAUUCAUAGUAUUUUUGCCGUUCACCAAGUUUAAGGUGGCUCCGUAAUUAAUACAAGAGCAUUUAGCUGUGACAAAUUUUCCCUCAUAACUUUUUCGAUUUUAACGCGAUGGCUGCGAAACUUUGCAAAGAACAACAGAUAUCAUUCGGCAAUAAUACGGAAUAUUCCGAUUUCAUUGAUGGCAAAUAUUUCUUGAGAAAUUAGCGCUUAAAAGGAACCUAAUGUUCAAAGAAAAUCGCCUCUAGUAAAAAAUUUUGCUGAUAUUUUUUACUGAAAUUUCUGGUAUCGGCUUUAAUUGAUAUAAUAAAUAUGCCACAGGAAUUUCAGAAAAAUCGUUGGAGCAGAAGUCCGUAACUGAAAGUCGCUCAAAAUUCAGCUGUGAAAUUGUUUUGGAAUUUCAAAAAUAAAUUACUAUCAGGAAGAAGGAGACACCAGUUUGAAUUUUCGGGACAAGUAAAUUCAGUGUUUGCUAUUUCUGAAAACAAAAGCUGAUUGCCUAUCGUGCUAUUCUUUAAAAGGUACUUUUCAGUUUUAGAAGCAGUAUAAAUUGCUCCAAACCUUGCUCUGACGUCGAAUGACUUGUUCCUCGACAUUUUUAAAAUAUCCCUUUACAGUUUUGGUUCAAACUCCUGCUACAUACAUUAUGAUGUAUUGCAAUGCAUCCUCAACGGCUUUUCCUGCUGUACGUUGUUUCCAAUUCACGAAAAAGGUAUUGGGAUUGUAAGCUACCUUGUAUCGAAGCUCAGAUAGAACUGUCCAGCACCUUUGUUUAUGAACAGAAAAUGAGCACGAGCGGCAGCUCUGCGAGGAAUUCGCACCUCAGCCAGGGGGGACGAAUGACAAUGAUGCCCAUGUCUGUGAACCGAUCUGUAUAAACAUGUAUUGCAGAGCAAAACAUAAUAAUCAAGAAAAAAAUACCCAUUCAUUGAAGGAAGAAGUGACAAAAACUUCAGAAUUGUAAAUUAUUCGCGGGCAGUAUUUUUGCGAUAACUUUAUUUUGCACUGUGAUGUUAUUCGGUUCACAGGCAUGGUCAUCAUUGUCGUUUGUCCCCCCCUGGGUGAGGUGCAAAUUCCUCGCAGAAAUGCCGCUCGUGCUCAUUUUGUAGUCAUAAACAAAGGUGCUGGACAGUUCUAUCUGUGUUCUGAUACGAGGUAGCGUCCAAUCUCAAUACUUUUUUCCUGAGUUGGAAGCAACGAACAGCAGUAAAAGUCGUUGAAAAUGCAUUGCAACACAUCAAAACGUAUGCAGAAGGAGUUUGAGCCAAAACUGCAAAGGGAUAUUUUAAGAAUGUCGAAGAACAAGUCAUUCUACUUCAGAGCAAGGUUUGGAGCAAUUUAUAGUGCUUCUAAAACUAAAAAGUAUCUUUUGUAGAAUAACACGAUAGGCAAUCGGCUUUUGUUUUAAGAAUUAGCAAACACUGAAUUUACUUUUCCCGAAAAUUCAAACUGGUGUCUCCUUCUUCCUGAUAGUAAUUUAUUUUUGAAAUUCCAAAACAAUUUCACAGCUGAAUUUUGAGCGACUUUCAGUUACGGACUUCUGCUCCAACGAUUUUUCUGAAAUUCCUGUGGCAUAUUUAUUAUAUCAAUUAAAGCCGAUACCAGAAAUUUCAGUAAAAAAUAUCAGCAAAAUUUUUUACUAGAGGCGAUUUUCUUUGAACAGUAGGGUCCUUUUAAACGCUAAUUUCUCAAGAAAUAUUUACCAUCAAUGAAAUCGGAAUAUUUUGUAUUAUUGUCGAAUGAUAUAUGUUGUUCUUUGCAAAGUUUCGCAGCCAUCGCGUGAAGAACCAAAAAGUUAUGACGGAAAAUUUGUCACAGCAAAAUGCUCUGGUAUUAAUUACGGAGCCACCUUAAAAGCGGCCGUUUUUAGUGUCGGCUGCGCAGGAGGCUACUUUUAAAAGUUACCCCAAUUUGUUUUGUUCAGGCUGAUAUCAGUAGUUAAUUAGGAUGAUUCAUAGUUUGAAAAAUAAAUGGAAAUUAGCAGUGGUUCCACACAGGCUGACUCCGUCUUCUGUAACGACUGAGAUUGUGCGACUGACGAAAGUCAUUGUGGCAGUUACACUACCGUCCAGGUCAAUAUAUUAGUCUACUUUCAAAAUUUCAGUUACUACGAAAAUCACUCAACUGUUAGCACCUCCCAAAUUGAAAAAAAAAAAAAGAAACGAUUGACAUCACAGUUUGAAUUGGAGCUCUCCAACGAAUAGUCAUCUGACAUUGAAGUUCUUGUUUAAAUAAAAGAUUUGAAGAAAUUUGAAUGUCAGCUGACCAUUUGGAGAACUCCAAACGGUCAUGUGAGCCGAAUCGAUCAAUUCAAAAUGAGAUCGACCGUUUUUUUUCUCUCACUGCUAACAAUAUCACUAAUUAAAACUGAUUUGCCCUAUACAAAAUUUCCCUUUAGGAACCAGCUCAGCUCAACUUCGUCAUCAUGGUAGAAGAAGCUCGGCAACUCUCCCCAGAGGAGCUCCACGUCUAUGAAGCCUUGAAGAAUACAGCUACAGUAAAAGAAAUUAACUCUCUAAUGUCAGAAAAAGGAGUAGAUUAUAAGUUGGUGGAUGAUUACCUGUUUAGAGAAAAAACGUCGAAGACAUUGGUUGGACUGACAAUACAAAAGGCAUCGGGUGGAUGGCCAAGAAAUCGGGAGGAAGUACUUCAGUUACUAAAGAUUCAGAUUGAGAAAAAGCAGAUUUUCCCCGAACGUUGGCCGUCGAAAGCAAAAGCCAAGCGCCUCGUGAUCACCUAAAAAUUUUACUGGAAAUCAUCUUUUCAGAAAGUAUUGUUGCUUUGGAACCGGAACCGGAUGCUGGGAACAUUAAUAACCUCGAUUUGGAAGAAAUUGCCGCUAACGCUGCGGAAAACACACGUUUUCUCUGGGCUAUCGAUGGCUUGUAUCAUUACUAUUGCCACAAAAAGAAUCAGAAUUCAGUGCCAGCUGCCCCAACUAGUCAAUACAAGACUCUCGAAAUCAAAAGAAAAGAACUGCAGCUCCACAAAAUCGAAGCUGAUCCAUAUUUCCGUAGCUUGAAAUGGCUUCUGGAAACAGGUAUUCUUCAUAAAGGUGACAAGGAUGGCCCAAAUCCCAAUAGCAGUUAUCAAUAUCAAUAUAUUCCAGGGAUUGAAGAAUUGAAUUUACCGGCUGAUGACAUCAUCCUAGGAACACUACAGCUUGUCUCUGACAUUAGAGAUGAAAUACCAGCCUCUGAUUCUUACCUCAAGAGAGAAUAUCAGCAGCUUUCCGAUCAGGCAGAAGAAUUCGCUGUGGCACUAAUUGAUGAGGUUCAAGACGAAAAAGAUCUUUCUGCAGUCAUUAUGAUGGAAGAUAAAUUCAGUGGAAGUGGAAAAGAUGCCUUCAAAGAUUCGUUGACGUGGACGAGAGAAGGAAAUAUUUCAUUGAUCCAACAUGCCAUCAAUGUACGAUGCAAGUCUGUAAGUAUUCAUUCAUGAACUUGGUUAGGGGGUCUUACUUUACUACCCCUUUCCCCCUUCCAAACAUUUUGAAAACUCACCAAAAAACAUAUCAGUCCUUUUUUUACGGAGAGGAGAGGAGAGUUUAACAUUGAACCAUGCUUAUAACCAAAAAAACUUUCCUUUUUUCCAAAUUAAGUUUGUAGUGAGCAAGAACUGCCAGCAUUUGCUCAAGAAAGUGGUAUUUGGCCAAUCGAGAUACAGAUUUUGGGAUGAAGCAACAGUCAUGACAGACACAGGGAUGCUGUCACUUUUGAUUCUUUUAUUGGGGAAGGUUAUUGUAAGUUUCAUUUGUGCUGCGUUGAUGACUCUCCUCGCGGUUCCAGUAUGCUUUGUUCCCUCAGUUUUCAGUUCUGAGUUGUGGGAGCGCCCAUGCCAGAAAUUUCUCCUUGAACUAUGGUGGUUCAUAGUCUUCCUCAGUCUGAUCAUCAUUACAUCAUGUGAAAAGAAUUUCAAUCAAAGAUUGCCGUCUGGUUUGACCUUGCCAGGUAAAUACAUCUUAUUCUCAAUAUCUUACCCUCAGUUGCGUUGCGAUAGUCCGAGAGUUGGGUCAAAGUGAGACCGUUGUGACUUAAAAUUUCCCACUAAAUCUCCGGAGAGAUCGAUAGCCAUUACACACAGGGCUUUUACUGUCAUUUGGCCUUUAUGGUUGAUUUACCUGGUGUAUUUCUUAUGCGAUACUUAAGUUGCUUUAAAACAAAACAUCAUCAUCAUAACAUCACCUAUCAUCCUCAUUCGUUUUGAUUGUUAUACUAUUACUAAAAAUGGUUGCCUGGGAUUAGGUUCUCUUUUUUAUUUACUGGGGGUUGGCGGAUGAACCAAUCACGGACUUCGUGCCUUAUUGUUGUUCCGCCAUGUAUUCUUCCUUGUAUAAUAAAUCUGUUAACAAAGUAAUAAGCAAACAAAUCAAUCAAUCAAUCACCAUCAUCCCGUCAUACCAUCAUCAUCAUCACCACCACCACCACCAACAUCAUCAUCACCAUUAUCAUUACCAUUACCGUUACCAUCAUCUUGACCAUCAUCAUCACCACUACCACAUCAUCAUCACCAUUAUUAUUAUUAUUAUCAUCAUCAUCAUCAUCAUCAUCAUCAUCAUUAUCAUUAACAUUAACAUCAGCCUCUUCACCAUCAUCAUCACAACUGUUAAUUUUUAUUUUCUCUUGUCAGAUAUUUUCGUGUUUUUUUUCGUGGUAACAUUUUCGCUUCGACGCCUUUUCUCUUUUUGGCAUUAUCUACAAACCCUUAUCACGAUUCCACGUUACCGGCGAAACUGGCGCCUUAUUCUUCCAGAACUCCUCACUUUUGUCGAGUGUGCCAGCUUGGUCUGUUUUAUUACAGCGUUUUCGAUUUGGAUAACACGAUGGGAUAAGCUACAUAGAUGGCAACCAUCAGAUAAAGACUACCAAUCGGUUGACGUUUUUUAUUCCUUGGCAUCGUUACUUAGUUUCUUCAAGCUGGCCCAUUAUCUAAAGGUUAGGAAAAUUAUCAACUCAAAUUUAAAAUAAAGUGGAGAAAGAAAUGGAUGGGCGGAUGAAUGGGGGGCAAUAACAAAAUAAACUGUUGGUACUUUUUUCCCUAGGCUCAUCACACUUUGGGCACCUUGAAUCUGUCUCUCUACAUGAUGAUCACGAAAGAUGUCAUAUAUUUUGCAAUCAUCUUUGUGAUGCUCCUUUACAUUCCCUUUGCGACCGCACUGGAGAAAAUGUAUUCAUACUACGUCGUGGACAGUGUCAAGAAUGCAACUCACCCACUAGCCAGGUAGGCGGCUAAUAUAGAGCAGUCUUCGUGUGACUGUGAAAAUCUCGCGGCAGGAGCGCGGUCGUGAAAUGAUAUAAGGUAAUACAAAUUCUGAAAACAGCACGGUCACGGCAAGGCGCCCAAUCUCCAUCCAAUCAACUGUCCUAUUUAAAUAUGAAAAAUCUGACUAACCUACUAGCCAGGUAGGGUAAUUAUUAUACCCGGCUAAAAGGCCAAUAUGUAACUUAAAGCAAAUUUGAUGGAUGACAACACUUAUGUUUGUAUUUCUCAGUUCUUAACCCCAAUAGGCAGUUUCCAUGACGUUCGAAUAUAAAAUUUAGAAUCUGACAGAUUUUUUGAAGGGAGGAAAAUUAAAGAACCCAUGAAAAAACCCUCGAAGCACGGAAGAGAAUCAAAAAAAAUGCAAAUCCAUUCAGUCUUUUCAGGUUUCGUCAUAACGUAAAGUUUCUCUUUUUGUCUUUCAGCUACUCGAGAACCUACGAUGACUUGCUUUGGGCAAUGUUGGGAUCAGACGAGAGGAAAGAGAGUGACGUCAGUGAUAGUGGCUAUGCCUACAUUAAGAAAUUAGGGGAGGCAUAUAUCAUCAUGUUCGUUGUUGCUGCUGUUGUUGUUGCGUUUAACAUGUUAGUCGCCACAAUGAAUCACACUUACGAGAACAUCAUGGUAAGUAUAUAUAUAAGUCAUUUGAAGCGUUUCCGCGCGCGAAACAAACGGUUUUGACUUACAUGUAAAGCAACAUGUACCGCCCUAACAUUGAAAUGGCUUCCCGUAAGAAUGGUUCUCGUAUGAGUGGGAAACAUACGGUUCUGACUUACAGCACGUACGCGACAUGCCGUAACGUUGAAGUGGCUUUCAGUGUCUUCCGGUUAUUCACUGAGAACACGUUGUUACGGCAUAUGAAUAGGGCUGCAGUACGACUACACCUAUUUAUCGUAUCGUUUCCCACUUAUACGAAAACCACACUCUAAAGCAAAUCCUAUACUCGCUAAAUCAUUCCUCAGUUCUAAUCUGUUUGUAGUUGGCUUUUUCUGUAUUUUGUAUUUUCUGCAUUCCUUGUCGCCUGGCACGCCUUCCAAAAUAAUCUUCCUGUAAAGACUUGACGCGAAAUUAAUAUUUUAUAAUUAUAUUAUCUAGCGGAACGUCGAUAAGGAGUACGUGUUUUCUCGCACGAAGAUGUGGAUGGACUACAUCGCUAAAGACCACUCGUCCAUGCCUCCACCUCUGAAUCUGGCAGACAUCGUAUGCUUUUUCAAGUACCUUUGUACGGUAAUACAUUCUGUUGUCAUCAUCAUCCUCAUCCUCAUCACCAUCAUCGUUAUCUUCAUCACUAUUUUCAUCACUAUCAUCAGCAUGUCAUCACCACCACCACCAUUAUUAUUACCGUCAUCUUCUUCGUCAUCAUCAUCAUUGCCGUUAUUGAAACAUUUCCCCUCUUUAUUCCAGGCAAGAAACGAGGCAUCUCAAGAAGACCGCUUCAAGGAAAAGCAAAAAGAGGUAAACGAGUUGUUGAAAGUUGUUUUAUCCACCCAUCCCUCUCCCUCCCUCCCUCCCUCCCUCCCUCCCAUCCUAUCAUUUAUAAUGAUCGCUAACAUCUUUUAUCUUCCUCUUAACUCCACAGAGGAUUUCCAUAAUCAAGCGUCUUGUGUUCCGAUAUCUGCUCCGAUCCUUGGGACUCAACAACUCAGAAUAUUCUCACGAUAUUCUAAUUCAAAGUCAAAGCAGCGCUAGCCAGUCGCCCCUUGUCGUUUAGGACGUAACAAAUCAUGCAUAACCACAUGCGCACACAGUUUUGGCUGAAAUCAAGGGCAUUGCCUCACACUGCUGUGGUUGUGGGUUGGAUGUAUGCACAAAUUAACUUGUAUUAAAUUCCAAUAGGCCACGUGCGAGAUAUUAAAAUUCAAAAGUAGGUUGAGUUUGAUCGUCCGGGUGAACGUAGUCCUGAAUAGGACUGUUAUUGUUGACAGUGACUGACGUUUCGACAACCUGUGCGGUAGUCAUCUUCAGAGUCAAAGUGAGUUGUAUCACGUCCGUUGAUGGUAUUAUACUCAGGUUAUUGAUCUGAUAGGUCAGUUAUGGGUUGUGAUUGUUGACGUCACCAUUCCUCGUCGCUCGCUUGUGUUCGGUCAGUCGCGUGCUUAAGUUUCUGCCGGUUUCACAAAUGUAUGAAGCCUGGCAGUCGCAGCAUUUGAUCUUGUAUAAUGCUCCCUGUCUGUCCUCUGGC